CCACGUUCAAAAUGGCAUUCUCCGUCGAAGCCCAAACCAGCCAAGCCAGGCCCAAGAGCGAAACAAACAACAGCAUCCCAAUCAACCAAGAGCAGAGCAACAUCAGCAACACCCCCAAGAGCAACACCCAGAGCAAACCAUCCUAUUCAGCCAGUAGCGAGACCAACAAGCGGUGCAACACCAACGAGGAGGGCUACCGAAAAUCCCAGAGAUAUAAUAUUGAUGAUCCAGGAGCCAGCACGAGUACAGGCGGCACCCACAUACGAGGCGACAACCCAGGAGGACAACGCAGCAUACCCGAAUCCAGCGGCUGGCGCGACAAACUCGUGGCCCAAUUGCUGCUGCUCUCAGAGGAGAACGACGCCAACGGGGCUUAUGAAGGAUUCGCCUACGUCAACGAUCACCACAAUACCGAUCGUGAUAGACAGCAAGCCAAAUCCCAGAAUUCUGCUGAUCAGAGUGCCCACAAGCAACAGCAGCAGCAGCAACAAUCGCAGCGGGACAGAGCACAGAACGCCUCGAACUCGCAUCAUAAGAAUACCCUUUUUACCAGGGUCGGUACCAACGCGUCCGCCAGCCAACCAGGCCUCGCCUGCCACGAGUCCUUUAGUAAAUCCGAUCGGUUCGGAGAGGAGGUCCCGUAUCUCAGUGUACCCCACGACUGGGACGCCAACAUCCCGAUCGCAACCAGACACGGUGGCAGGUUUACCGACUACGGCAAUGGUGAACCAAACGGUCCCGGUUUCGUCAAGCACGCCUCAGACACAGACCCUGGCAGCCAUGGCUGGUCUCCAGUUGACAGGUGCGGACGAGCCGCCAUCCCGCCGGGAUAUGAGUGGAGCAAUGCCUACUGCCACAGUUGAAGAGAUAGACGUUCCGGUGUUCAUUGAUGAAUACCUGCAAGAUAUACAAGCUACUACAUCGACGUGCAGCAGCGAAAACGGAAAGGAGAUUUUAACUGAGACGGAUAUUCUUGACUUUGAUAUAAACAUGUUUGCCGAGGAUCUUAUCGUGCUUGAGGGCAAGAAUACGGAUUCCUACAGUCCGGCGAUGGACGAGAUGAACAACGACAACCUAGACAACGACUUCUUAUUUAUGGAUGCCCCGGCGCUGGCUAACGAGGAGGAGUCCAUGAACAUGACAUCGAUAUUUGCCAUCAAUAUUACCCCGGUGCAGGACGACGACCUCAUUAACGCAGUACCCAGCUCGCAGCAGCAGGCUAUGCUUACCACCUCUCAGCAGCAGGCUAUGCUCACCACCUCUCAGGACCCCUACCUGUGCACCUUCUCGCAGGCCACAUCCACAUCCAGCACCACCAAGUACUUCACGGAGGAACCCCUGAUUUCCGACGCGGCCAGCUACGAAACCAGUAGUCUCUACGGGUACAGCCAGGAGACGCUCGGCUUCGGCCUUGAGGAGGACGUCAGGCCCAGCGGCAGCCUUGCCUGCAGUGCCGCCGACGUCGCCGUGGCCACCCCAGCACCCAUUUGCCAUCCCAUCAUCUCCGCCCUGAAACGAUCUGCUCCGGCCCCCGUGGUCGAGUCGCAGACGAUCAAGCGCGGCCGACUGGCGCUUAAGAUCGACAGCCAGUCAACGCCAGUGUCCAGCCCGAGCACGCCCGAAAUCAUUGAGCAUCUCCUGAAUUUUGAUAGGCUCGAGGCCGCCAACACCAGUACCACCACCAACAACACCUCCAUCAACAGCAUUACCAGCACUCAAGCAGAAAUCGUAGAGGAUCUACGCAGCGCCGAAGAGGAGACCACCAACGACUUCUCGCCGCCGAACACGCCGCACAGCAACUACUCAGCCAGCUGUAGCAGUGCGGUGCCCACCUGCCAGACGGGAUUCGGUGGCUUCCUCACUGCUCCCGCCUCACCCGCCUACUCGGUGGCCAGCACCUCCCAGUUCAGUCCCUCGCCAUCCAACGGAUCCAAUGGCAAACGGAAGCGCGGCCGUCCUGCCAAGGAUCAUGCCGACGGACCCGAUCAGAUCAUGUCGCGCAUGAACGGCGACGAGAGGAAGGCGUACCAAGACAGGAUCAAAAACAACGAGGCCAGCCGAGUCUCGCGCCGGAAAACGAAGAAGCGCGAGGAGGAGGAGAAGAGCGCCGAGGACGAGCUGGUAGCCGAGAAUCAACAUCUGCGUGCCCUGGCGGAAGCUGUGGCGUCCCAGCAAUCCAAGUUAAAGAAGUACCUGAUGGAGCGCCAGCGGAAGAACAGCACCUACGUCAAACAGGAGCAGCAUUAAGAUUCUCGUAGCCAUAUACUAGAUAGUUACCUACUGAUUGUCGCUUAUAGCGGUGAAUAGCCUUAGUCCGAGGAUCCCUCGUAGUCAUCCAUUCGAUUAGUUACUUAAGUUGUCGUUGAAGAAGUCGAGAAGCAGAAAUCCAAUUUCCAUCUGAACAUCAAUCUCAGGUGAUUGAUGUAAAACGUAAAACAUUUAAGCCAUUUAUUAGGCAUAGGAGGCGCCCUUAGCGCGCGAGAAGUGUUUAACUAUAAUUAUAUUUUUAUUAUGUUUGAGAAAACUAAAAUUUUUACUCGUUUUUUGUACCCACAUAUAUGUUUUCGUCCUAAGAGUAAUCAGUAAAACCAGAAAAGCAUAAAAAAAAUAAUGAUUACGAUUUCGUAUGUUUUAACCCCAUUGAUGAACAAAAAAAGUUACAAAAAUGUCAACAAAAAAAUAUGCUAUUGUUAAGAACAAUAAAAUGUAUGUUUUACAGAUAUGACGAUAUAUAACCGUAAUCGUAAUUGUUUGAAUAAAGUGCAUGUUUCAAGCAUGACAAAAUCA